CCGCAGAUGAUUUAUGAGUUACAGACGCGCUGUGACCUUUCCUCUCCCAACUGCAAACAGAUUAAACAGAGCUGAUUAGCAGAGCCUAAAAACACUGGGUUAUUUUCUGUUAUAAGGUCUUUAGCAAAUGCUCCCUUAGUCCUUCCACUUUAUUCACUUGCAAAUCGCCCUGCCCAAAAGGGGUCUGCACAGCCCAUCCUCAAACCUGGAGCCCUGCAGCGCCAUCAGCUGCGAUAUCUUCUUAUAUGAGGGACGUUUCUUAUUAAUCAGGAACGCGGAAUGGAAGCCAAUCAGAGAGUUCCUUUGCUUUCAGAUUCCUGCCUGUCUGAGUUAAAAGUGGUGCUGAAAGAGAGGCUCAGCGAGAUGCAUGAAGACUCGGCUGGGGAGACACUGUAAAAGGGGGAAAGGAAGGGAUGAGACAGAAGCAACAACAGAAUCAACCCUGCUGAGCAAGGCUAACUGCUUUCCAUUGCUAAACAAGAUUUCAACAUUCUCUUUGUGUGUGCUUACACGCAUUGGUGCUUACACAAGUACGUGUUUACUAAGUGUCUUCCCUGUAAUCAGACUACACAUUGAAACUUUCAUCCUUCUGAAGGUGAAGAUAAUGAGGACUUACAGUUGUCUUCAACUGGUCAUCUGGACUUGCAUUUUCCAUAUGGUUGACAACAGCACAUUACAAGGAAAGGAUAGCAGUCACUUCCUGAGAAGGAUAGUGAAUCUGAAAAAGGAUGAGGGUAAAAUGCUCCAUCGUGCCAAGCGUGGCUGGAUGUGGAAUCAGUUCUUCCUCUUAGAAGAGUAUACAGGUACAGACACUCAGUAUGUAGGAAAGCUUCACACUGACCAAGAUAAAGGAGAUGGAAAUUUAAAAUACAUUUUGACAGGAGAUGGAGCUGGCAAUCUGUUUGUUAUAGAUGAAAAUACAGGAGAUAUUCACGCUGCAAAGAGACUAGACAGAGAAGAAAAAUCUCUGUACAUUCUUCGUGCCAAGGCUAUAGACAGAAAGACCGGACGACAAGUGGAGCCAGAAUCUGAGUUUAUCAUUAAAAUCCAUGAUAUUAAUGACAAUGAACCAAAAUUCACGAAAGACCUGUACACAGCCAGUGUUCCUGAAAUGUCUGGAGUUGGUACGUCUGUUAUACAAGUAACUGCCACCGAUGCAGAUGAUGCUAACUAUGGGAACAGUGCUAAAGUGGUCUACAGCAUUCUGCAAGGGCAGCCAUACUUUUCAGUGGACCCGGAAUCAGGCAUAAUAAAGACUGCAUUGCCAGACAUGAGCAGAGAAAACAAAGAGCAGUACCAAGUUGUUAUUCAGGCUAAGGACAUGGGUGGCCAGAUGGGAGGCCUCUCUGGCACCACCACAGUGAACAUCACCCUAACAGAUGUCAACAACAACCCUCCUCGGUUCCCACAGAGCACUUAUCAGUUUAAUUCUCUGGAGUCGGCACCUCUUGGAACUCAUCUUGGAAGGAUAAAAGCCAAUGACCCAGACAUGGGGGAGAACGCCGAGCUGGAAUAUAGCAUUGCAGAAGGAGAAGGAUCAGACAUGUUUGAUGUGAUCACUGACAAAGAUACACAGGAAGGGAUCAUAACUGUCAAACAGAAUUUAGAUUUUGAAAAGAAAAUGUUGUACACUUUAAGAGUGGAUGCAAGUAAUACCCACCCUGAUCCUCGAUUCUUACACCUUGGACCUUUCAAAGACUCAGCCAUGGUUAAGAUAUCUGUGGAAGAUGUAGAUGAGCCCCCUGUGUUCAGUAAGCUCUCUUACUUGAUGGAAGUUGAUGAAGAUGUGAAGGAGGGGAGCAUCAUCGGACAAGUCACAGCAUAUGACCCAGAUGCCAUGAACAACAUAAUAAAAUACUCUGUGGACCGCCAUACUGAUAUGGACCGAGUUUUCAGUAUUCACUCAGAAAAUGGUUCUAUCUUCACUCUGAAACCCCUGGAUCGGGAAUCAUCCCCUUGGCAUAACAUCACCAUUACAGCCACAGAGAUAAAUAACCCAAAACAAAGUAGCCAAAUUCCUGUCUUCAUCAGAAUCCUUGAUAUAAAUGAUCAUGCUCCAGAAUUUGCCACUUACUAUGAAACAUUUGUUUGUGAAAAUGCAAAGUCUGGCCAGUUGAUUCAAACUAUAAGUGUCAUGGACAAAGAUGAUCCUCCUCGAGGACACAAGUUCUUCUUUGAGCCAGUGCCAGAAUUUCCUCUAAACCCAAACUUCACAAUUGUAGACAAUAAAGAUAAUACAGCAGGAAUUGUAACUCGAAAAGAUGGGUACAGCCGCAACAAAAUGAACACCUACCUACUGCCGGUUUUAAUCUUCGACAAUGAUUAUCCUAUUCAAAGCAGCACUGGCACACUCACGAUCCGUGUGUGCGCAUGCGAUAACCUGGGGAACAUGCAGUCCUGCAAUGCGGAGGCCCUGAUGCUUGCUGCAGGCCUGAGCACAGGGGCGCUCAUCGCUAUUCUCCUUUGUGUCGUCAUCCUGCUUACUCUAAUUGUACUGUUUGCUGCAUUGAAGAGGCAACGGAAAAAGGAGCCUCUGAUCAUUUCAAAGGAUGACGUCCGGGACAAUAUUGUGACCUAUAAUGACGAAGGUGGUGGAGAGGAAGACACACAGGCUUUUGACAUCGGCACAUUAAGGAAUCCGGAAGCAAGAGAAGACAGUAAACUUAGAAGAGAUGUCAUGCCUGAAACUAUUUUUCAGAUAAGGAGGACAGUACCCCUCUGGGAAAAUAUUGACGUACAAGAUUUUAUACACCGGAGACUGAAAGAAAACGACUCAGACCCAAGUGCACCGCCCUACGACUCCCUGGCCACUUAUGCCUAUGAAGGGAAUGAUUCUGUUGCCAAUUCUCUCAGCUCCUUAGAAUCUCUCACAGCUGAUUGCAACCAGGAUUAUGAUUACCUUAGCGACUGGGGACCUCGGUUCAAAAAACUCGCAGAAAUGUAUGGGGGUAACGACAGUGAUCUGAACUGAAUCCUAUAUGACUUCAUCAACAUUAGUAGAAACAGUAUCUUCAAUACCAGAUUGAGUGGCCUGUGUUGUCCCUUUUUGGAGGAAAAUUUUAAAAUAACAACUCCAAACAAUACAUAAGUGUUGUCCUAGUAAGGGUUUGCUUAAUCAGUAAGUUUCUGUGAAUGAGUAUGAAUGAUAUAGAUUUUAAAACAGUAAUAAUAACCUGUUCACCCUCUUUGCCUAAUAAGCUUGGAAAAAUAUAUCACAUUAAUAAUCAAUAAAAAUUCUUGAAAGGCUUUUUGUGCCUUGUCUUAGUAUAGGAACUUUAUAAAUGUUUUCUUAACUGAUUGUCAGUCACAUAUACUAUGAAACGAAACAUUGUGCAACUGCUUUGUAAAUUAAUAUGAAAGAAAAUAUACCUAAUGAAAUAGGAGUGACUAUUACUGCCAUAUUUAUUUAGUGGAAAGAUGUCUUUGUGUUGAUUCACUCAUAUUUUUAUAAAUGUAUAUUUAUAUUUUUGUAUUUUUAUGAAAUAAACUAAUGUUUAUAAAAAUAAAUUUCAUUUUAUUUACUUCCUCGGAGCAGUUGAUCUCACGACAGAAGUGUUUUUAUCUCUCUGAGAGUAAAACACUCUCUACUCAGGGAAAAGCAGCCGAGCAGUCACUGCAUAGGUCGCCGAUGUAAAGUGGGAUAUAUCUAGGGAUGAGAUUUGGUAUGAAUUGUUGUUUUCUCUGUUUCAAUAUUUAAGUGUGGAGAAAUGUUUAUUGAACUACUUAUGCCUACUCAUGGAUAGACUAUGAGAUCAAUUUGAAAUAUAAAUUAUCAUAUAUGUGGUUGUGGACAAUAAACUAAGUUUUUGCAAGAUUUAUCAAACAAUGUAUUGUAUUUGAAUAAACGGAGUAUAACACA